AUGGAUUUUAUCAACUACAAAGACAACAACGUCUCGAUCGCGAAGGUGAACACCGAGAAAUCUGACGAAAUUUCACUCACCAGCACCGACACCAAGCUCGUGAAGACGCCCCUCGGGGAUAUUACCAACACUCACGCUUGCCGCGAUAACAGCGAAAAGCACGUUGCCGUCAAGGAAAAACCUACGAUUUUCCACAACGAAAUCACUGAGCCCGAGUCUAUCAGCACACCCACCGAAGAGCAAGCCGAUGGUUGCCUCUCCCCUACCGACGAAGACUCUUCCAUCAUGAUUGAGGAACCAGUCUCUCCCCCCUAUCAUUACGUGUCUACUGAAGCAUACUUCAGCCAGCCCCCUAGCAGCGAGUCUGCCAAUGAUGAAACGACAUCGGCUACCAGCGAACAUGUCGAGCUCAACCCCGGAGCACCUGUGUUCAUUCAACAGCGGGCGCUCGAGCAGCAGUUUAACGUAAGCCCUGCAUUCGAGGUCACUAGUCAAGAUCUUUCCUACUUUGACUAUGAACGACCAGAGGCUGUCAAGGAAGAAUCUUCCUACCACCUCGAGGCCGCUGGGUUCCAACCUAUCUACUACUCUACGCAUGAGGCACAGAGCAACGCGACCGCUUCUUUUUUCGACAAUGAAACUAGUCCUAUCACAGAGGGGUAUCCUCUAACCCAUCACGAAGAAGCUGAGCCCCAGUCUGCCAACGCUUCUACGGGCGCCCAUGAGACAGACGAGCUCUCUCCCACCAACGGCGAAACCCACGCGCUUGCACCUGAUGAGGUUACUGAUCAACGGUUGGCUGAGGUCCCUCACUACGAGAAUGUUGAAUUCCAACACCACUCUGCUUACUACGACCACCUUGACACGAUCGUAGAGGAAUCGGAGUCCGAAGACGACGAAGUCAUUGAGCUGCGAUGCAUCCGCGAGCACACUACUGACUCGGACACUUCGUCUCGCUCCGAAAACUCCAUUGUAAGCAGCAACGAAUCAGGAGUGACUGAUUCUCAGAUCUCUGACACUUUGGAGAUCGGUACUGCCAUCGUCGAUCCCGACACCCCCAACGCAGCAGCCAGUGAGCACCCAAUCGAAGGAGAGAAGAAGCGAACCAUCCGCUUUGAUCGCAACGGAGACCUACAUCUUAAAGUCGGGACAAGCCACCCCCGAAACAUGUUGGUCGACUCUCGAGCGCUUGGGCGUGCAUCAGCCAAGCUGCAUGCUACCAUCACUCAGAAUGGCAAAGACGACACCGGUGACCGCUGGGCCAUCGAAUUCCCCGAGGACGAUCCAAAGUCGUUUGCCAUCCUUCUGAACCUUAUUCACGCACGUUUCGAAAAGGUUCCUGCCAACGUGAAGCUUGACCGGCUCUUUGAUGUUUGUGUCUUAGCAAACAAGUAUGACAUGACAAGCGUGCUGCGACCUGUGGCUGAAAGAUGGUACCUGUCCGCCAGAACCCUUGAUAAAGACUCUAUUUUCAAGAUGGCCUUUAUCGCCUGGGAGCUGGGGUUCACCACCGAUUUUGGUGAGAUUGUUGGACACAUUACCCACAACUGUUCCCUGGAUGGCGAUUCCGAAUUGGUUUUUGGUUCCAGCAAGGAACGACUUGCGGAAAAUGAAAUUAUGCAAAAGCUUCCUAUCUUGACAUGUAUUGAGGAGCAUCGACAGCUAGCUCUGGAGAUUUUUUAG